AUGGGAGCUGGCCUGUGGACAGUCUUCACGCUAGGUGGGGUGGGGAGUAAGCCAACGGCGCAGCUGGAGCAGUGCUCCCCGCUAGCUAACCAGAGUCUACUGCUUCUACUGGUCUUGGCCAACCUGACCGAUGCUCCGGAUACGCCGAAUCCCUACCGGCAAGCUAUUAUGUCCUUCAAGAACACACAAGAUAGCACUGCUUUUUCAUCAUCAAAUCCACACGCUUUCCAGAUUAAUUUUAACAGUUUAUACACAGCUUUGUGUGAGCAGCAGAAAUCUGAUCAAGCGACUCUUCUUUUAUACAUGCUUCUGCAUCAAAAUGGCAACGUACGGACGUAUGUGUUGGCACGAACGGACAUAGAAAAUCUAGUUCUGCCAAUUCUUGAAAUUCUGUAUCACGUUGAAGAAAGGAAUUCCCACCAUGUUUACAUGGCUCUUAUCAUUUUGCUGAUCCUUACAGAGGAUGAUGGCUUCAACCGGUCCAUUCAUGAAGUGAUAUUGAAAAAUAUCACUUGGUAUGCUGAGCGUGUCUUAACAGAGAUCUCACUUGGGAGUCUCCUGAUCUUAGUCGUCAUAAGAACCAUCCAGUACAACAUGACGCGGACAAGGGACAAAUACCUUCAUACAAAUUGUCUGGCAGCCUUAGCAAAUAUGUCAGCACAGUUCCGCUCACUUCAUCAGUAUGCUGCUCAGAGGAUCAUCAG